AUGAACCAUACGGAAAACGAAAACAAUAAUAAGGAUAAUAAGGACACCAAGACUUCAGUCAAGACUUCAGUCAAGACUUCAGUUACACCCAAGACAUCACCCAAAGUAGCAUCGAAAGAAAUUAAUAAGGUUACAACAACAACAAAUCAUAAAAAAGUCAAUAAAAAGGAGAAUAAUUCAAGACCACGAUUACUUUCACGAUGUACGCAUCCCAAACAUGAAGUGUAUACGGACAAAACGACAAAGCCACCGACCACAAGUCCAGCAAGCAAGAAACGUAAAAAUAAUCAAGGAAAAGAAGUAACAUAUGAUGUAGAAGGACGAGCUUUAGUUCCUAUGCCUAAACG